GCUCUGCUUGCACUUGUCCGGUGGAGAUCAGAAAAUUAUUGUGCUUAGAAACUGCUGCAGAUCCUGGACGGCUCUGUGCUUCCAGCCCACAUCACCCUGACACACCGAAACCACAACCCAUGAGUCAGAUGGUUUGUGAAAGAUUUAUGCAGCCUUAUCUCAGAUGUCCCCACUGACCUGGGGCUUGGUCUGGACUCUUCAUACCAGUGAACAAGCUUCUGCAAGUGAGGAAAGUGCAAGGCGCUCAGAGUGACUGGAGCCUCCCCUGCACCGUGAAGCCGACCCCGGGACGUGGCACGGUGAGGGCACCACAGGGAGGAGAGAACGGGGCUUGCACCGAGCCAUGGGCUUGUGGAAAUGGCAUGGCGCACCAGCACGUUGCCCAUCUCCCCUGUCCCUGGGGGCUUUGGUGGUGCCCUGUGAGCUUGACCUGCCCUGACCUACUGCAGGACACAUCCGUGCAGAGCCCCACCAUCCGCCCAUGCUGCGCUUCCUCUGGGAGAGCAUCUCCUUGCAGAUGCUUCUUAUCUUCCUCAUUGUCUUCCUGCUCGUGGCCGACCACAUGAAGCACAGAAAGCCAAAACACUUCCCUCCCAGCCCCUUCUCCCUCCCCUUUGUCGGGCACAUCCACCUGUUGAACUUCAGCAAUCCCCAAAUUACGGUGCAGAAGCUUACUGAAAAAUAUGGGGACAUCUUCAGCAUGCAGAUGGGCAGUACAUCAUUUGUGUUCGUAAAUGGGCUGCGGAUGGUUAAGGAAGUUCUUGUAAACCAAGGGGAAAACUUCAUAGAUCGCCCUGAAAUUCCUCUUGACAGGGAUGUCUUCAGCAAGAUGGGUCUGAUCUCCUCCAGUGGGAAUUUAUGGAAGCAGCAGAGGAGGUUCACCUUGACCACCCUCCGAAACUUUGGCUUGGGGAAGAGGACCCUGGAGGAGCGCAUCCAGGAGGAGUGCCGAUGCCUUGUGGAUGUGUUCGGGGAUGAGCAGGGGAAACCUUUCAACCCUCACUUUAAAAUCAAUAAUGCUGUUUCAAACAUCAUCUGCUCCAUCACCUUUGGCAAUCGGUUUGACUACCACGAUGAGGAGUUCCAAAGGCUGCUGCAGCUGAUGGAUGAGACGGUUAGCCUCCAUGGGACCAUCAUGAGCCAGCUGUACAAUUCUUUCCCAUCUAUAAUAAAGUUCCUCCCCGGAUCCCACCAAACCAUUUUUAAAAACUGGAGGUUGUUGAAAAGUUUUGUGAAAGAGAAGAUCAGCAAACACAAGGAGGACUGGAACCCCUCAGAGAGCCGGGACUUCAUUGACAGCUACCUGCAGGAGAUAGCCAAGGACAACGGUGACGGCAUCUUCCAGGAGGAAAACCUCGUGGCGUGCACACUCGACCUGCUGUUUGCCGGGACUGAGACCACUUCCACAACGAUCCGCUGGGCUCUGCUGUAUAUGGCCCUAUAUCCGGAAAUCCAAGCCCGUGUGCAAGCUGAGAUUGACACAGUCAUUGGGCAGGCGCGGCAGCCAGCCUUAGAGGACAGGGGCAACAUGCCCUAUACCAAUGCUGUCAUCCAUGAAGUGCAGAGGAAAGCCAACAUCAUCCCUUUCAACGUGCCAAGACUGACAGUGAAGGACACGGUCUUGGAUGGCUUCCACAUACCAAAGGGUACUGUUUUGCUCACAAAUUUAACCUCUGUGUUGUUUGACAAGAACGAGUUUGAAACCCCUGACACUUUUAACCCUGGGCAUUUCCUGAAGGAUGGUCAGUUCUGGAAACGGGAGCCUUUUGUGCCAUUUUCUAUAGCAAAUGCAGCUGAGCAGCCAGUAGAUGCUGAGGAUGCCAUGGGUGGCUGUCUCUGCAGGGAAGCGUGCCUGCCUGGGCGAGGUGCUGGCCCGCUCCGAGCUCUUCCUCUUCUUCACGGCUCUGCUCCAGAAAUUCACCUUCCAGGUACCCCCAGACACCACACUCAGCCUCCAGUUCAAGCUGGGCAUCACAAUAGCCCCGCAGCCCUACAAGAUCUGUGCCAUGCCUCGGUAAGGAAGCCUUGGCCACCAUCCUCGAAUGGAAAAAUCCUUUGGCAGGGAUGCUGAAAACAAGCCCUCAGCAGCUCCCCGAGGCAGCGGUAACGACCACAUGGCUCCAGUGAGGGGCUGGGCAGUUUGUUUCUUUUAAAGCAAUUGCAAAAUAAUUUCUUUUACAAGCAGACCUUGCACUCUGUAUCACAUGAGAAAGGUGAUCAGCCUGGUAUCUGCCAGGGCACCUUUAGGCUUGCAACACAGCACUGAAAUGAAUGAGGGGCUUCUGGCUUUCCUAAUUUUAUGACGGAUGGCCAUGCUUCCCAGCCACAAAAGAAUGAGCAGCACUUUAAUAGACUGCAGUGUUCAGGCUGUGGCUCCGUACUGUGGAAGAGCAGUACCAGUCCUUGUUUUAUAACUGUAACACAGAUAGUAAUUGCCAACAUUUUUUCAUUUUGUUGUACUUGACAAAUAAUCUGCUAAAAAAAAGAGUUACUCUGUAACAUCUCUUUCUUGUUCAACAAUAAAUCCUUACUGAAACAUU